AAAUGCCCUAAGCACAUUCGCCUCCCUCUACAGGCCAAAUGCGCUGCUAUGUUUUGGGCUUGGCCGAGAUAAGGUAGCCGAAUCUGAGCCUCUUUUCCUGGCAGCCUGCGGGAAUUCGUCACGGUCUAUUUCGAGAAGAAACGAUGGCCCAUUUCCUGUGGCCGGAGCCGCUGUCAAGCGCGCAGCUCAAGCGGCUGGAGGAUCACAAGUACAGCGCCUCGGGUCGCUCCCUGCUGGAGCCGCCGUGCCAGAUCUACUGGAACUGGCUGGUCCAGCAAAUCCCGACGUGGGUCGCCCCGAAUACGCUCACCAUCGUCGGCCUGCUGGUCAACAUCGUGUCCACGCUCCUGCUCGUAUUUUUUUGCCCCAAAGCUACGGAGGAGGCUCCAGCAUGGGUCUUCAUCCUGAGUGCUCUGGGCCUGUUCGUGUACCAGUCUCUGGACGCCAUCGAUGGCAAGCAGGCCCGCAGGACCAACACCAGCUCGCCCCUCGGCGAGCUCUUCGACCACGGCUGUGACGCCGUCUCCACAGUGUUUGUCGCCGUGGGAACGUGCAUAUCCUGCGGCAUCGGCCGAUACCCCCACUGGAUAUUCUUCUGCGGCUUCAUCGGGAUGUUCAUGUUCUUCUGCGCCCACUGGCAGACCUAUGUGUCCGGAACCCUCCGCUUUGGCCUGGUCGACGUCACCGAGGUGCAGUUUGCCAUCAUCACCAUGUACCUGAUGUCUGCAUUCGGGGGGGUGAGCGUUUGGCAAACCACGUUGCCCCUCAUUGGACUGAAGCUGUACAUCUUCCCUAUCGUGGGCAUCGUCGUCGGGGCCCUCUACUCCUGCCACAACUACUUCCAUGUCAUUCUCAAUGGCGGCGUGGGCAAAAACGGCUCCACCGUGGCUGACACAAGCGUGUUGAGUCCCGGUUUACACAUCAGCCUCAUCCUCACGCUGGCCUUCAUCAUCUUCAAGAAGUCAUCCAGUCGGCUGUUUGAGCUCCACCCCUGCCUCUACCUGCUCACCUUUGGCAUGGUCAUCGCCAAGAUCUCCAACAAGCUUGUGGUGGCGCACAUGACAAAGAGUGAGCUUCACCUCCCAGACACUGCCUUCAUCGGCCCGGGCCUCCUCUUCCUCAACCAGUACUUCAACAGCUUCGUUGACGAGUACAUUGUCCUCUGGAUCGCCAUGGUGCUCUCCCUGGUGGACCUGACGCGCUACUGCACGGGUGUGUGCCACCAGAUUGCCGGCCACUUGCGCAUUCGCGUCUUCAGCAUCACGCCGCCCGGCCCCGCCCACCGCGACUGACAGCUUGCCCGGCGGGAGGAGGCGGAGGGAGACGCCGAUCUCUCCCCGCUCCUAAAAGCAGACAAGGACGAGACAAGACCCUGCACCCCAUGCCUUGACCAAGUGACCACCACUGCCUAAAAAAAAAAAAAAAACCUUGCCCACCAAAGUAAUGCUCCAAAACAAACAAAAACUCAUCUGACAUACCAAAGUUAAAAAAAAAAAAAAAAAAAAAACCUAAACUAUUAGCUUUUUAAUUUGUUCAAUAAAUGUGACUGAAUGCGAUCAAUCGGGGAUUCAAUGGGGGGUGGGGAAGAGGUGUUUUGGUCAGCAGGCGAUGUGAAGCAUUACUUUUCAUGUCAUCGCCAUUUGUUCUGCUCUCUGACUUCUCCCUUAAGGGCUAAAAAUGAAUGUUGUGAUUGUAUACAAUACAGCUGACAGAGCCUUAAUUCAUUUUGUUGUUAAAAAAAAAAGUUAAUCAUGCAAAACAACUUUGUACACAUUUUUCACUAAGAUCUGCAAUACAGAAGCUUUCCUCUUUUAGACAGAUUCAUACGUUUCUCCUCCAGCGAAUAUAAUAUGCUUAUUAUUCAGGUUGCCGGGGAUGAAAGGGGUUUCUUCUUCUUCUGUGGUACCGCUUUACUAUUUUUAGGUACCGUUUCCUGGUUUGUACUCUGGGAAGUAACAUUGGACUUUCUGUUUCCAUGACAAACUACGAAUUGAAAUGUACAACCGUGAUUUUUCACUGUUCACUAAUACAACUAACUGUCCU